GAUACUUGUAUAACUGAUUUUUUUUUAAGUAUCAGCUCAGCCUCUCCUACUCCUGCGUCGCUUGCACUCUGAGCCAAUCCCGAGCCUCGCCAUAAAAUGUGCGCCUUCCAGGCUAUAAGAGCGCUCCAAACUUUCUCCUGAGCUUUGAGCGACACCUCGGUGGCGCGCGAGGCCAGCGCGAUUGCGCGACACAUCCAAGGCGAAUUUCCAGCAAGAAGCGAGCCGAAGGGUGAUGUUCGAGGAAGAGGCGAUGCACGACGAGUCCAGUUCCCCGGAAUCCCCGGUGGACAGUCUUGGUAACAGCGAAGAGGAGCUCGACAAUCAGCAGAAGCGCGGAGGAAGGAAAAGGAGGGGAGCGGCCAGAAGCGGAGAGGAUUCGGACAGUCCGACCCCGGGGUCUGGGAAGCGAGGCAAAAAGUGCGCCGGGAGCCCGCAGUCGUUCGAGGACCUGCAGACGCAGCGCGUCAUGGCGAACGUGCGGGAACGGCAGCGCACGCAGUCCCUUAACGAGGCGUUCGCCUCCUUGCGCAAGAUCAUCCCCACCCUGCCUUCAGACAAACUUAGCAAAAUACAGACUCUCAAGCUCGCCGCGCGCUAUAUCGACUUCCUUUGCCAGGUGCUGCAAAGCGACGAGCUGGACUCCAAAAUGGCGAGCUGCAGUUAUGUGGCGCACGAGCGGCUCAGCUACGCGUUCUCCGUGUGGAGGAUGGAGGGCGCAUGGUCCAUGUCAACAUCGCACUAACGCGCACGGUCCUGUGCCACGGAUCUUUCCUAAAAUGACGAUUUGUAGCUGCGAGCAGCAGAAGGACUGCAGGAGAGGAGAAAAUCCCGUGCACAGCAGAAAGGACCAAAAAGGAAACUAAAAGUCAGAAGGCCCGGAUUUAUUGGCGAACAGAGCAGAUUUUUUGGAGACCCGGUUUGGACCGGCGGCCUCGUCGCGAGCACUUACCGACAAUAUUUGAGGAAUUUGCCUUCGAGAUCCGUGCUUGUAAAAUGUGUUUUUUGGAGACUUUGUGUAGGCUUUAUGCAUGCAUUCCGAGCUCACAAGCCUUGACAUCUCAUACCAAGCCACAGAGACUGCAGCAGAGCAGCAGCAGGAGCAAGCAGGCGCUUCAUUUCGCUCUGACAGCGUGGAGCCACAAAUAUGAAUGUCGUCGUAUUUAUUUCGUCAAAGAAAUAAUAGGCUCAUAUCUGUAUAUAUUCUUUUCUCAUCUGGUCAAUGAAAAAAAAAAUGUUAUUUAUUUAUUGAUACUUUUUUUUCUGAUGCAUAAUGGAUCCGGUGUCUACAUGCAUUUGAUUGUUUGAUGUUUGUAAAUAUGCGUUUUAUUUUUCUGCAAUAAAACUGGUUUGGAUAUAAAUUUA